CUCAAGAAAGAAUAUCCCAAAAUGAGUGGAAGAGGUAAAACCGGCGGCAAAGCCAGAGCAAAGGCAAAGACUCGCUCUUCUCGGGCCGGACUCCAGUUCCCGGUCGGUCGUGUUCACAGACUGCUCCGCAAAGGAAACUAUGCUCAGCGUGUGGGAGCCGGUGCUCCCGUCUAUCUGGCGGCCGUGCUGGAGUAUCUGACCGCUGAGAUCCUGGAGCUGGCCGGUAACGCAGCCCGUGACAACAAGAAGACCCGUAUCAUCCCCCGUCAUCUGCAGCUGGCUGUCCGUAACGACGAGGAGCUCAACAAGCUGCUGGGAGGAGUGACCAUCGCUCAGGGCGGCGUGCUGCCCAACAUCCAGGCUGUUCUCCUGCCCAAGAAGACAGAAAAAGCCGCAAAGAAAUAAACACCCACAACCGGCUUAAAUAAACACAACGGCUCUUUUAAGAGCCACCCACAUAACUUCAAAUGAGCUAAAAUCUUAAUGCUUAAGACUUGGAUAGGAGUUAAAAUUACUUGUAACACUAAACUCUCACUCAGUUGUAGUCUAUGUGCCUUCUAAACUAUUGCUGGUUUAAGUCUGUAGCAGAGAAUCAAAAAGGUCAAAAAGUGGAAAGGAAAUAAAAUGCAUGGUUAUCAGUGACGUGAUCAACAAGAACAUCAAUUCCAUUGUAACUUUCAGGAAUUUCUGCCAUGUGCAGAAAUUAAACAUUCCAAUUAUCAAAAGCAAUGUGAACCCUAAACUAAUCAGUACAGCCUGAAAAAUGUGAGAAGCUUUGUUUACAUAACAUAAAGACUGUACCAUUGCAAACUCAUACAAAGGCCUAAUUCA